GUGAAGCCAUCAUGCAGCCCGAAAGCAGCCGACGGUGGGCCGACAUGACAGACGACGACGAUCAGGCGACCGGCUGGGAGUUCGAAGCGUUCAAGAAGGACUACCUGGCGAGGAGAUGCAGCCUGACACUUCUGACGCCCGUGCAUGCCCCAGGCGGAACAAUCAAGAUCGACGAGGCGCGCUGCCUGGAAAACCUCCCCGACAACCGCACCUCGACGGGACACGACCCCGCCCUCCGGCGCGAAGCCAAGAACACCCCGACGGAAGAAGGCAUCACGGCCCCCAAAAAGCCACUGCCGCGCCAGCCACGAUGGACGGCCGACGACGAGAGAGCCCUGGAUCGAGCUUUCCAGCGAGCAGAGGCCGACAGAGCCGCCGAGGCAACACCGCCAAGAAACGAAGCCGUGGAAGCGGCAAAGCUCGCAAGGAAUUCCGCUGAACCAUCUCACGAAGAACCGGCCGCGCGACGAGGGGGGGCCGAGACGGACUCCGACCACGACACGGAGCCCGGACCCAGCGUCGAGGAGCACUUUCGGGGCAUGCUGGCCAUCAAGAAGAUGUCAGGCGACGGCAACUGCCUCUUCCACGCGCUCGGAGAGAACACCGGCGAGAGCGGGGCAUGCCUCCGAGCCCUAAUCAUCCAGUACCUCAGAGAGAACGCAGAAGCCGAAGAAGACGAAGAGCAAGUGCAGGCCUGGCUACAGGAAAGCCAAUACCUCCAAAGCGAUCCGGGUCACUGUGGCGGCGACACGGCCAUCAUCGCUUUCACCCGCAUGAGGCAGCAGCGAGUCCUUUUGCACUGGCGGACGCCAAACGGCGACAUCCUCACGAGCGAGCGCACGCACUCGGACGUGGACGAAGCAGCCCAACGCGGGCCGCACGCAGCACCGAACGCCACGGAAGUGAUCCAUCUCUGGUACAACGGCAGGGACCACUACGACCUGCUGGUGCCCAUAGACCGAGCACC